AUGCAGAUCUUUGUGAAAACACUAACAGGAAAGACUAUAACGCUUGAUGUGGAGGCAAGUGAUACUAUUGAGAAUGUUAAGGCAAAGAUUCAGGACAAGGAAGGGAUUCCACCAGACCAGCAAAGGCUUAUUUUUGCAGGGAAGCAGCUUGAGGACGGAAGGACCCUGUCUGAUUACAACAUACAGAAGGAGUCUACUCUUCACCUUGUGUUGAGGCUGCGGGGAGGAGGAGCAAAGAAGAAGAAGGACUUCUCCACGCCUAAGAAGGUUAAGGCGCCUCGCGUGAAGAGGGGCCUUUCGUGGCUGGACAACUUCACGAUUACUGAGGACAAGGUCAAGAUCAACAGCGUCUCAUGCGAGGCAUGCGGAGUGGAAGUAUUCUGUAGGAAGAUGCCGUCAGGCUUCAAAUGUGGAAAGUGCUAUACGGUUUAUAGCAGCGACAUCGCUAGCAAUUAA